AUGUCGUCUAAAACGAAAGAGCGCAAGACGGCUCCCGUGUCCCACAAAGUGAUCGAAAAAAGACGAAGGGAUCGGAUCAAUCGCUGUCUGAACGAACUCGGCAAAACCGUUCCAAUGGCUUUGGCAAAGCAGGGCACCGGGAAACUGGAAAAGGCGGAGAUUUUGGAGAUGACAGUCCAGUAUUUGAGAGCACUGCACUCAGCUGACCUCGCCAGAGGACGAGAGAAGGGCGAACUGCUCGCAGAGUUCGCGAACUAUUUCCACGCCGGCUAUCACGAGUGCAUGAAGAACUUGGUUCACUAUCUGACCACGGUGGAACGCAUGGAGACCAAGGACACCAAAUACGCCAGAAUCCUCGCCUUCCUGCAGUCCAAAUCUCGCCGCUGUUCCGACCCCAUAUUCGGGCCACUCUCAACUCACGACGCGGAAUACUCGUACCAGCUUCACCCCGUGCCGGAGUUCGCCAAUUCGCGUCUGAGCGAGUCCCUGCUUCAGCAAGGCCCCGGGGUGGGUAGAACGCAAGCGAUGCACUGGCACGGAUCGGCUCGGGGUCCAGGGCUCCCUUUCAUUCCCAGUCCCACCUUGCCCGUUGCCAACCCCGGCCACCAGCACAACUUCCUCCACUCCGUGCAGGGCCUCGACCGCCACUACAUUAACUUGAUAGGACACUCGCACCCGAACGCGUUCAGCUUACACAGCCCCCAGCACGCCAAUUUAUAGAGGGAAUGCUCGCCGGCCAGGUGCCAACGGGGAACUGCAGAUGCUGGUUUAUACCAAAGAUAGACUCCAAGCGCUGGAGGAACUCAGCGGGUCAGGCAGCAUCUCUGCGGGGCAAAAAUGAAUAGGUGACGUUUCGGGGUCGGGACCUUUCUUCAGACUCCCGACUCAAACUUCACCCACGUUCUUCAUAAAUGUAUCAUUCAUUUUAGUAGAGUUGGGCCAUCCGGCCCAUCAAGUCUACCCCGCCAUUCAAGCAUGGAUGAUCUAUCUUUCCCUCUCAACCCCACUCUCCUGCCUUCGCCCCGUAAACCCCUCCUGACAACCGUACCAAUCCCGUACUUCUCCAGAGAUGCUGCCUGACCCGCUGAGUUACUCCGGCACUCUGUGAAACGUCACCUACCCAUGUACUCCACAGAAGCUGCCUGACCCGCUGAGUUACUCCAGCACUCUGUGAAACGUUACCUAUCCAUGUUCUCCAGAGAUGCUGCCUGACCCGCUGAGUUACUCCGGCACUUCGUGUCUGUCUUCGGACGCAAACGAUUCAUAACUUAAAGCCCAUUAAAUAUAUAUUUUCUGAUCGGAACAAAUUCAUAACAGCACCACUGCAUUCUACAUGACACUAUUUAUAACACGAUUUCGCGGUCAAUGUUACUUGUACAGCGCGCCAGUCGAUAGAAAAACGAAACUAAAUACUGCUGUGUUUCAGCUCUCCGCGCUGGUAGCGCCGGCCGAGUGUAUGCCUGUCCCACGCCGCAAUAUUUAUGGUGAUAACGAGAAUGGUUUUGCAAAUGAAGACUAUAUGGAUGAGAAAAAUGAUAUAUCUCACUGUACAAUCCUCUAACGGCGUGACAGCUCGCUGCCAGUUAAUGGGACACGAAGUGCUGGCGCAACGUAUCAGAUCAGGCAGCAUCUCAUAGAAACAUUGAAACAUGGAAAAUACGCGCAGCAGUAGGCCAUUCGGCCCUUCGAGCCAGCACCGCCAUUCAAUAUGAUCAUGGCUGAUCAUCUAAAAUCAGUACCCCGUUCCCGCUUUCCCCCCAUAUCCCUUGAUUCCUUUAGCAGCCCUAAGAGCAAAAUCUAACUUGAAAUCUCUGGAGUGGACGGGGAAAGUUUCGCGUCCCGGUGCACCUAAGGACCCGAAACGUCUCUCAGCAUCUCGUGUUUCGCUUGGGCAUCUUACAACCCCAGUGGUAUGAAUAUUGACUUCUCUAGCUUCGAGUAACCCUCGCUUCCCCUCUCUCGCCAUCUCUCCCCCAUCCUAGUUGUCCGCCUGAUAAAAUUAAAUAUUUUUGUGCGCCUCGUCGUCACCUUCCGCGAGCGAACGGUGAUCAAUUCUACAUAUCCCUGCCUUGAACAACGUCGCCUUUGCUGUCUCGUUUUCACCCCUUACCCUUCCUUAUCUCUGUGUCUCCCUCUCCCCUGACUCUCAGUCUGAAGAAGGGUCUCGACCCGAAACGUCACCCACUCCUUCUCUCCAGAGAUGCCGCCUGCCCCGCUGAGUUACUCCAGCAUCCCCGUGUCUCCUUUUGUCAACCAGCAUCUGCAAGUUCACUGUUUCAACGCCGGUAAUAAGUGUUUGGCUCGGUUUUUUCUUUGAAGAGGUCUGCCCUGAUUUCAGGAAACGAGCGGUCAUAUUCCUGAAUUUCAACACGUUUUUAACCAGGACUGUUCAGGCCUCUCCGCCCCUCUUGGGCGACACCCCCGGAGCGGGUUGAGUCUGUGGAAUUCUCUGCCUCAGAGGGCGGUGGAGGCAGGUUCUUUGGAUGCUUUCAAGAGAGAACUAGAUAG